GAUCGAUCGAUAAUGGAUCCCACUCCCUCCUUCUUGUCGACUCGUACCCGCCCCUCUUACCUCAGCCCUCACAAUGGCCUUUGCAUCGUCAUCAAACUCGACUGCGGAGUCUUCGUAUAGCUCGAUGGACGAGUCUUACCUCCUCUGGCUGCUCAGCGACUCCAAUCUGCCCACCGGAGGGUUCGUCGCCUCCUCGGGCCUAGAGUCAUACGUCUCGCACGGCUUCCUGCAUCUACCUCCCGCCAGCAGCGCUCCUUCCUCAUCCUUCCCCUCAGCUGAGGCAAGAAAGAGCAAGAGCAAGGAGGAUCAGAUGGCCGAAGCCACUUUACGCUUCCUACAGGACUCGCUAGGAAGCUACGCUCGUAGCGCCUUGCCCUUUCUCAGAGAGGCACAUAGCGUUACGUGUUGGUACUUGGACUUCCCUUCCCCUGAUGGCGAGAGCGGGGAAGCAGAGGGACGUAAGAGGCUGGAGCUCUGUCUCUCACAACUUGCGCACCUAGAGCAGACCUACCAUUCCCUCUCGCUCAACCAUGUGCUCAGAAGAGCUUCGAGAGCGCAAGGUAUCGCGCUCCUCACUCUGUACGCACGCUCCUUCAGCUCGGUCCCCUUCCCCUCAUCUGAGACUCGCCAAGAGGAGAGGGAUGUCUCAUCAGCCCAAGUCUACAAAGAGGUUCGGUCUCAAAGGGCCGCAGGCCUGAUCGAGGCAUUGAAGAAGCAUGUGAGACUGGCAUCGGUGAAAGGGGGAGCGCCAUACGGCCAUCUCCCCACAUGCUGGGCAGUCUUCACCGCCUGUCUCGGCGUAGGACUUCGAAGCGCAACCUCGCUGCACCUCUUCCUACAAGCACGCUCCGUCCUCUCCUCUUCGGUACGACUCAAUACGCUCGGCCCUUACCUUGCUCACGGGCUGCUUCUCGGGCCCGUCAAGGAUAUUCUUCAGAGCUUGGAGGAGGAGGUGAAUAGCGAGCACGAUAUCGGGCAACAGGGGAAGAGUGAAGCAAAACAGGGGGCGAGGUGGGAAGAAUCACGAGCAAGCACGACGGAUACGGAGCGCAGCCCAAACACCUCUGCCUCCACCCGGGUCGACAAGAGCGCCUUCGAAUGGGAUUGGGAGGAAGAGGGCGACUGGUACGCCGACGAGCUCUCAGCUGGCCAUCAUCGUCCGCUUUCGCCUCAAGGUCCAUCAGGUCUGCGUCCACCUGUGAAUACCUGGCCAUUGGGUGAGAUCGUGCAGGGCAGACAUGAUGCGCUCCAUAGCCGACUGUUCAACAGCUGAGAUGCAAUGGCAAUGGCAGAUGGCAUACCCGGGGGAAGUUGAAGUGGUGGACUUUAUAUUAUAUUGAUAUUGGGGUCCUUACCCUCCUCUGACUAUGAUUGAUUGAGUGGUAAUGAUGGGGCAUUCUGAUGUCAAUGCUAAGGCCUCUCGCUGACUCAGUAGCGGCUGGCGGCUGCCUGGCACUGCUUGAGCUGCUCAAGGUAGAAGGAGCACGACUCCAUGUUGUUGCCUGUAGCAUCAAGGCAACGCAGGAAGUCU